GCCCCUUCCCAGAUACUGAGCUUUUUGUUCGGCAUCUUAUGUUUUCAUUAGGAAAACUCGGCGCAACCAAGUCACCGAGGGAAGGAUAAGGGAGCAAGAGAGCGAGCGCAGGGCAAAGAGGGAGAGGGGAAGAGUUGUGGAGGAGAAGAAAUCAUUUUGUUUUCAGUCUGGUUCUGAAUUAGAGGAGAAUUGGGCGCUGUUUGUGCCUUUUCUCUCACACAGUCCUCACUCGUCGUCGCCAGAUUUCAACCAUGACCUGUCCUUUCACCUCCUCAGUUGGACUCAUCUUCAUUCUGAUUGGCUACGCUGCUGCAGGACCUGAACCUGAACUGCGACCUCGGGCGGUGCGUUCAAGUGCCUGUCAAGAGCACACAAACCUUCACAACCGCCUGGAUGUAGUGGAGAAGAAAGUGGAGGACACAGUUGAGAAGUUGGAGGUUGAGCUGGCUGCUCUUCUGGAUGCCAUUGAAGCCCCAGAGUGGCGCCCCCUGUUGGACAACACAGAAAAGACAGCCGUGGAUAUCCUGGAAGACCCUGGGCAGUUAAACCAACCAGGCAACGGGGGUGGAACAGCGAUUCAAGAACUCUUUUGAACAUAGGCUUCGAAGGAUCCGAUCUUUGUCCAUGAUUUAAACACAAAAAAGUAAACUGUGUGUAUGCAUAAACUGUAUCUGUAUCCAAAUUAAGUGUGUACCCUAAAAGAGGAGGCACAAGAAGGCCAAGCUUGUCUGCAUUAUUUACUCUUCCUAAUCCUGUGACAGACUUGUCUCUUUCCCAGUCAUAGCUUCCCCCUACCCCUGCUCUUCAUCGCCCUCCACUGUCUGCAGACAAACUGUUGGAAAUGACAAAGACACCGAGACACAAAAUUACUGGAAGGAGAUUUAUUUCUUUAUCAAAGCAGUUAAAGCAGCAUUUUUUUUUAAACACACGGAGCGGUUUCAGUUGAUACAGAAACAAGGCUUUUCACUAAUUCUCCAUCAAAAUUCCUGCAGCACAGGAAUCUUAAUUAACAUUAUGCAAAAUAGGAUCAAGAGGAGGAAAAGAGUGGCAAAAAUCACAUUUUAUUCUUAUCGACUUCUUUUCUCAACAGGGCACUGAGAUUCAAACUGUAUCCACAGAGUUAAGACAUCUACAGUAUGGUACGCCUCAAGAGCAUCCAUCACAAAACGGCUGAAUAGGAGACAUGCUGUUGCUGGUCAUACACUAGCAUAAUGCCUUUUUUUUUUUUAAACACCUAACGGCAUCCA